GGUACUGAGUCAAAUCUUGGUGGAGAUUUAAUAAAUUAUUUAUUCGCUGUGAUAUAUCAUAAGCGACAUUUUGGAGGGGAACAACGCGUGUUUGUCCCGUAUCGGUAGCUGCCAUUCGGCCGGAGGAGGAGGAGGAGGAGGAGGAGGGAACUCGGUCUAAACGGACAUCACACCGCGCUGGCACGGGAAGAGGGGAGACGGGGAGAGCGCUAAACUGCUGAAUAUUUUAUCCCCUCGACUAUUUUUGUGACAGCUUUCGUGCACCCGGUUGCUCUGACGAUAAACGUGUGCGUGUUGGGAGAGAGUUGAAACCGGGGUAGGCAUACAAGGUAAAGAAGAAGAGCUCCCUUUUUGUCCCUUUUCCGCUGCCGCCCCCUCACUCCCUCCACUAAACGCACGCACACACCGGCCCGGGCCAGCCGAGGACUCCCAAAUCCUACCGGGCAUCGAGGCUGGCACACGGCGGGGCACCGAGAGCUCUCUGCCCGCUCUGACUGCCCUGCUGCCCCGCUGGUGGCGGGCUCUUUUCCUCCCCGAGGCGUCUACCGGCGAGACAUCGGCUCUGCCAGUCUUUCAUACCCUGUGGUGCUGGGCAGAGCGUUAUGGCUCAGACGCUGCAGAUGGCGAUCCCUAACUUUGGCAACAACAUCCUGGAGUGUCUGAACGAACAGCGGCUGCAGGGCCUCUACUGUGAUGUCUCCGUGGUCGUCAAGGGACACGCCUUCAAGGCCCACCGUGCGGUCCUGGCAGCCAGCAGCUCGUACUUCCGGGAUCUUUUCAACGCCGGGGGGAAGAGCUCGGUGGUGGAGCUGCCCCCGGCGGUGCAGCCGCAGAGCUUCCAGCAGAUCCUGGCCUUCUGCUACACAGGACGCCUCAGCAUGAACGUUGGAGACCAGUUCCUGCUCAUGUACACCGCUGGCUUCCUCCAGAUCCAGCAGAUCAUGGAGAAAGGCACAGAGUUUUUCCUCAAGGUCUCAUCUCCGAGCUGUGACUCCCAGGGUCUCCACACCGAGGAGACCCCACCCUCCGAGCCUCAGAGCCCCGUCACUCAAACAAUGGGGGGUGGCGGAGUCGGCGUCGUCGCCCCGGCCGCGGGGCGGCCCGCCUCUUGUCUGACGCCCCUCCCCCUGGUGUCCAAGGUGAAGACGGAACAGAUGGCCUCCACACCUCAGCCCACCCCGCAGCCGCAGCAGCUGGAGGGCUCUCCCUACUCGGUGGUCUGCACCCCCGUGGCCAAGCGGCUGUGGGAGGGGGGCAACCGUGACAGCGGAGGGGGGUCUGGAGGGGGCGGGGGAGGUGGGAUGAGGAAGGCCGCACGCUACUCUUCCUCCUCCUCUUCGUCCUCCUCCUCCAACAAUGCUACCCAGGAUGCCUCUGGGCGGGGACCUGCAGCCAAUGCUGCUAUGAUGGGCGGCGGUGGCAUUGCCACUUCCAUGGGAGGAGCCGGACUCAACAGUAACCAUAACAACAACAACAAUAACAACAACGGCGGGACCCCUGAAGGCACAAGCCCGGGCACACUGAGCAUGUACACCAGCGACUCGCCGAUCAGUUACCACGACGAUGAGGAAGAGGACGACGUAGCGGAUGAGAGCGCUGAAGAGCAGUACAGACAGAUCUGCAACAUGUACACCAUGUACAGCAUGCUGAACGCUGGAGCAGCAGUGGUCGGGGAGCGGGUGGAGGCUCUUCCCGACUUGGCCCCAGACUCAGGCGGCGGGCGGGGGGGCAGAGGGGCGCGGUCCCGGCAGGACCUGGCGUCGCUGCCCGCCGAGCUCAUCAGCCAGAUCGGGAACCGCUGCCACCCGAAGAUGUACGAGGAGGGCGACCCGGCCGAGAAGCUGGAGCUGGUGAGCGGAACCUCCGUGUUCAUCUCCCGCGCCCAGCUCAUGAACUGCCACGUCAGCGCCGGCACCCGCCACAAAGUGCUGCUCAGACGCCUGCUGGCCGCAUUCUUCGACAGGAGCACUCUUGCUAACAGCUGUGGAACUGGCAUCCGCUCUUCAACCAACGACCCGAGUCGUAAACCCCUUGACAACAGAGUGCUGCACGCUGUCAAAUUCUACUGCCAGAACUUUGCGCCGAGCUUCAAGGAGAGCGAGAUGAAUGCCAUCGCGGCCGACAUGUGCACCAACGCCCGCCGCGUCGUCCGCAAGAGCUGGAUCCCCAAGCUCAAACUGCUGAUGGCCGACAGCGACGCCUACUCCGCCUUCCUGGCCGACAGUGUAAAGAUGGAGGCCGACGCACUGGGGGCAGAGCAAGGAUUUGACCCCGCCUCCCUGGAAGCGGUGGCAGCGGCGGCCGCCGCCAACCAUAGUGAGGCGGGAGGCGGAGCCACGCAAGCAGACACCCUCCAUGGGGCGGCAGGAGACGGCAGCACUUUGUUUUGAGUGAGUGAACGGACAGAUAGAUGAGUGGACAGAUUGAUGGAGGGAGGGAUGGCAUUCCUCUGGGGGGCGAUGAGUAGAGAACGGUGGCCACUGUGGUCCUGAUGACGGCUGUCACUCCUCCCCUAGCUGCCAUGUGUUUUGGGGAUCUAUUUCUUCUUUUACACCUCUAUUGGUCAGUUUGUUCUGCUCUCCCUCCUUCGUUUGUCCACAUUUCUGUCUCUCUCGACAGCCCAGAAUGCCUCACCUUGGGUUGUUCCUCCUUCCUUUUCUGUUGGAGAGAGGUGGAAAGACAGAAAGGAAAGGUAGCAGAGAGAAGAGGUGUCUCCCCUCCCCCCUCCUCCCCCCCUCUCCCCACACACCUCUCCAUUCCUCUGCAACCUUUCAAUACCUUUGUUUCAGCCUUUAUUUUUUUCUGUUUUUAAAAGUGUGUACUGUCACUAAGGCCCUUUUCUUAGCAUAAUCAAUCAUAGACAUUCCCUGGGGUGGGGGGAGGGGUAAUCCUGUUUGGAGAAAGUGAUAUUUCCUUCCCCAAACUCCGGUAACACUGUUGUUUUGAUAUUGAAUGUAUGCGUGGUGGCAAAGCAUCCGAACGCGUUGUAAGUUAGUGGAGGUUGAGUGAGCUUGUACAGAGCCCUUUUUUGUAUUUUCUUUGUUUUUUGCUUUGCCUUAUUUCAUCUGGACGGCCAGAUGAAAGCUCCUCUGAGAGCGCGGGAUUGAUGAGGUCAGGGGUUGAUAUGAAUAUUGAUAUGUACAUUGCCAUGGUUUAUGGGAAACUGACCCACUACGUCUUUAGAGAGCUGCUGGUGAGUUCUGACGGACCAUGUUGUGGCAGAUGGGGGGGUGGAACUAAUAUUUGCUUGACAAAAAAAACCUUUCCCCCUUCAACCUCCACCACUUUCUGACCCUAAAAUGUAAAAAAAAAAAAGACUAUUACAGUUUUACUUUUUUGUGUUUAAAUUCUCAAUCCUUUUUUUUUUUUUUGUGUGUGUAAUUUUUGCCAAGCCUCCUGAGGGAAAGGAAACUUGUUACUGAUGAUUGUCAAAGAGUUUGCGCGUGAUAAAUGCACUGUGUUAUUUCCUGCGGUAUGAGUACAAUCAAAUUAAGUUUUUGUACGUAUCAGAAAGAGAAGAGGGGUGGUUUUAUUUAAAAAAAAAAAAAAAAA